AUGCUUGGUGGACGAGCAAUAGCUUUACCGUUGCCGGAGUCAGUCUAUGUGUCAGAUACUGAUAAUAAUCGUGUUAUAAAAUGGUUAGAGGCUACAACCGAAGGAAUCCUUGUAGCUGGUGGUCAAGGUUCGGGAAAUGAUAUAACACAAUUGUUACAUCCUCUUGGCGUGGUUGUUGAUGCUUUGGGCACCGUCUAUAUAGCAGAUUGUAUAAAUAACCGAGUGAUGUGUUGGAUUAACGGAGCUUCACAUGGAGAUAUAAUCGCUGGUGCAAACGUUGAAGGAACAGAAGCAAAUCAAUUCUAUUAUCCUAUUGGCUUAUCAUUCGAUCGACAUGGUAAUCUUUAUGGAUUCGAUGAACGAAAUCACCGGGUGCAACAAUUCAAAAUUGAACAUAAUUAA